AUGUUGUCUAUUGCGGUCCAACCUCCCGCGAGAGUUCGUCCAGGAUCAAUCUUGUACCCUCCUCUCAUUGUUCAGCUCAGUAGUGAGCACGAUCUUUACGAACAUCUUGCGGGUUACUGGACUUGUGUUUCACUCAUCCACUACGCCACUGGCCAAGUCAUCUAUGAACAAAUGGAUGGGAAAGCCGCAGAUUCUGCGCAUCCUAUCGCUCAAACCAGAUCUAGAGGUGUGCGCGAUCAAGCGUACUUCUUCUUCCCAGAUUUGGCAAUUCACGCCCCUGGUCGCUACCGCCUUCGAAUCAGUUUAAUGAGAAUGGAUUAUUCUCCCGAGUCAGGCCCAGAUGGUGCAGUCGUUUGCGAUGAACAAGUCGAUACCCGCUCGAUCACCGUGGAAGAGUCUGGUCCAAACUAUUCUCGACCGAAUUCUCAAGAACGUGCUUUCAUUCGAAUGCUACGAGAUGACGGUCAAGAUGUUCCAACUCCAGCUCAUUGA